AUGGAGGGGUCCAACUCGCACGGCGGCAGCGGCGGCGGAGGCGGGACGAGCUCGCCGCCGCCGUUCCUCAUCAAGACCUACGAGAUGGUGGAGGACCCGGCGACCAACCACGUCGUGUCGUGGGGCCCCGGCGGCGCCAGCUUCGUGGUGUGGAACCCGCCGGACUUCUCGCGGGAGCUGCUGCCCAAGUACUUCAAGCACAACAACUUCUCCAGCUUCAUCAGGCAGCUCAACACAUACGGUUUCCGAAAGAUCGAUCCAGAGAGAUGGGAGUUCGCCAACGACGACUUCAUAAGGGGACACACGCACCUUCUGAAAAACAUCCACCGGCGCAAGCCGGUGCAUAGCCACUCGCUGCAGACCCAAGUGAACGGGCCGCUAGCGGAGUCCGAGAGGCGGGAGCUGGAGGACGAGAUCAACAGGCUCAAGUACGAGAAGGGCCUGCUGCUGGCCGAUCUCCAGAGGCAGAACCAGCAGCGGUGCGGGAUCAACUGGCAGAUGCAGGCGUUGGAGAGCAGGCUGGUGCAGAUGGAGGAGCGCCAGAGGAACAUCGUGGCCUCCCUGUGUGACAUCCUGCAGAGGCACGGGGUUGUUCCGGGCUCGACGACGCUGGUGGAGACGGCGGCGGACCACUUCAGCAAGAAGAGGAGGGUUCCGAAGAUCGAUUUCUUCGUCGACGACGAACCCAAGGUCGAAGAACAGCAGGUGCCGUUGUUCCUGCAGACAGUGGGCGCAGCAGAAACACCAGGCAUGUCUCCGAUCCACCUUUUGAAUGCUGAGCCGUUUGAGAAGAUGGAGCUGGCCUUGAUGUCGCUGGAGAAUUUCUUCGAGAGGGCAACCCAUGCGUCUCCUCAAGACAUGUACGCUGGUGGUGCUGCUGAACCACCCAGCCCUGCUCUGAGUCUUGGCGAGAUGCUCUCAGUCUCAGCACCAAUGGAUACCAGUAUCAAUCUGCAGUCAUCAGCUUGCCAGAAUCCCUUUGCUUCGACCUCAGGGCAGGACCAGUCGUCUUGUCCAUUGGCGGAAGCAGAACCUCCGAGCUACGCCCAGAGCCCGAUGCAGCCGAUGGCACAGCUCCAUGAAUAUGCCGCCCAUAGGACAGCUGAAGUCGAUAUGAACUCUGACACCACAACCGGCGACACCUCACAAGAUGAGACCACCAGUGAAACUGGAGGCUCCCAUGUGCCGGCCAAGGUGAACGAUGUAUUCUGGGAGCGGUUUCUCACAGACGAAGAGGGUAAAAGCGAGGCAAUAGAAGCAAAGGAAGAUCUGAAGACUGCCGUAGACCGCAGCUGUCUUCGUCUCCAGGACAAUGUUGAUCAGAUUACUGAGCAGAUGGGGCAGCUUGAUUCAGCUGAGAACCACUCUUAUGCACCCCAGAAUUACUGA